ACAAGUCCUUGUCGUUAAUAAAUGUGCUUGCAGCCAGCGCCACGAAUUGGCUUCUUAUAACAAUCUCUAUAUUAAUUUCCUAAUCCAUUUUCAUCCUCACCAAGAAAAAUGGAACUUGCAGGCACUAGCUUUGCACCAUUUUUGCCUUCAAUCCUUCAGUUUCAUUUGUUUUUAUUGAUUUUUGCAACCAUACUCUGUUUCCAACCUGCUCAUUGUCUCUCUAAGUUGGGAAAUGAGACUGAUAAGCUUGCUCUUCUGCAAUUCAAAGCCAAGAUAAGCAAUGAACCAAAUGGCAUCUUCAGCUCAUGGAACGAUUCUGUGCACUUCUGCAAAUGGCAAGGAGUUAUUUGUGGCCCCAAACAUCAGAGAGUUACGUCUCUAAAUCUGCAGGGGUUGAGCUUAUCAGGGACUAUAUCUCCACAUGUAGGGAAUCUCACAUUCUUGAGGUUCCUCAGCCUUGGUGACAACAUAUUUCAUGCAGAAAUUCCUCAAGAAGUUGGUUACCUCUUCCGAUUGAGACAUUUCAACCUGAGCACUAACCAGUUGAGUGGUGAAAUUCCAGGUAACAUCAGCAGUUGCUCAGAGCUCAGGCUUCUAAAUUUGAUUAAUAACAACUUGGUGGGAAAGGUACCUGCUGAGCUUGGCUCUCUGAAGAUGCUUGUGAUUCUUGACUUGCGUAAAAAUAGUCUCACGGGAGAGAUCCCACAUUCCCUUGGAAAUCUUUCAUCUCUUCAAGAAAUUUACUUAACAGAAAAUCUUUUGCAGGGAAAGAUUCCAACAGAAUUGGGGGACUUGACUAGCUUAACUCUCCUUGCGAUCGGAGUUAAUAGUCUGAGUGGUACAAUACCCCCUGCCCUUUACAAUAUCUCAUCUAUCACCAUCAUUGAGACUACAUAUAAUCAAUUAAGUGGGAGUCUCCCAGCAAACAUAGGCCUAACUCUUCCUAAUCUGGAAAAACUGUUAUUAGCUCGAAAUGGAUUUUUUGGAACCAUUCCAGUAUCAUUGGCCAACUGUUCUCGGCUUCAGCUUAUUGACAUCUCCAACAACAGUUUCGAGGGGCAACUUCCAACUAAUAUGGGAAAUCUCAAAGGUCUUCAACAACUUCAUGUUGAGUUCAAUUCCUUUGGCAGUAAGACAAGACAAGAUUUGAGUUUUGUACCAUCUCUGGCCAACUGCAGCAACUUGCAACAACUGUAUUUUGAUGGAAACAAUUUCGCUGGUGAAUUACCUAGAUCCAUUGGCAAUCUAUCUACCCUUGUUCAAUUGGGCCUAGGAAGAAAUUCGAUAUCAGGAACAAUUCCAGCAGAGGUAGGGAACCUUGUAAAUUUGUUUCGGUUAGAUAUGGAUGCAAACUUUUUUUCUGGUAGUAUUCCCAUUUCUUUCGGAAAGCUACAAAAGCUGGAAAGGCUAACCUUAAAUCAAAAUCUACUUUCUGGUGAAAUUCCAGCGUUGUUGGGUAACAUUCCGAAGCUUUAUUGGCUUCAGUUAGAAGGAAAUAGAUUCCUGUUAACAAUUGCAGCAAUGGAGAGCAAGGGAAGAAGAUAA